CGGAACGCCAGAUUUCAAAGGAUUCUGGGACAGUCAUGUAUCAUGUAUGUAACGUCAAAUAUGUAUCACUCUCUAGUUUCCAAUCACUGACAGAUAAUAUUUUGAUAAUAUAAUAAACAGGUAAAUUGAGGUGCCAGUGGCCAGUGCGUAGUGUCUGUAACCAGAAUGACUGAAGAAGGGGCCACCACAACUCUCUACAAAGAUGGGGAAAUUGUAUGGGUUAAAUUGGGACCUAGCUGGUGGCCUGGAGAAGCCAAAAAUCUAGAAAGUUUGCCUGAGGAGGUUGCUACAUUCAAGAAACCACCUCUUAUAGUUGUCAAGUUCUUUGAUGAAGAUUUAUAUGAAUUUGUACGCAGCUGGUCUAACAUAUACCCCUACAAUUGUGAGAAGAAAAAUGAGUUCAUUAGAAAAGGUUUGGCCGCCUACCGUGCUAAGGCUCCACACAUGGAAAAAUUUCCCAAAGAUGUGUCCACAGCCGAAGUUAGAAUUGAUGGCAACCCAAAUAUCCUGAGUGAUCCUGAAUUCAUGCCUAAAAAAAAAUUCAACCUGAAUGACCUUUUUCAAGACCAGAGUCCAAAACCUAAGAAAUCAAAGGAAAAAAACAAGAAUAAAUCAACAUCUUCUUCAAAUGACACUUCACACAUCACACACAGAAGAUUUUUGGGCACAGAAUCAUUGAAUGACUAUCGCGCAUAUAUUUGCAUUCAGUAUCCUGGAAAAGAUCGGACGUCUGGUGAUCCUGAAGAUGAUGAGGUAAUCAAGAUCAAUACGGAACCAGAUCAACAAUACAAAUGCUGCACAUGUACAUUCGCAACUAAACGACUGGAAGUGAUGAUCAUGCAUAGAAAAAGCCAUAUACAGGGUGUGUAUGUAUCCACUACGCCAAGGAAAUAUAAAAGUCGUACUGUGAAGCGGCAGAAGAAACACCGACCGAAAGUUGAAGGACCAAAGGAGAAAAAGAGAAAGGUACUGGUUCAGAGUGCAGAAAUAUCACCGAAAGUAGAUAAACCUCAGCUGUCUAAGGAACUCACCAGUGAAUUGCUAGCAGAGUGGGAUGAUGAUGAUGAGGAGGAGGUGGAAGAAGAAAGUCGUGACCUCACUAUUCAAUCUGAAGCGUCGGAGCCAUCUAAUUGUGAGGACUCAAUGAAAGUUGAUCAGUCGUUUGAGGAUACCACAUUCCAGCCUGUUGAAACUAGAACCAUUGAUACUGAUAAUUCUGAGAAACAACCAGAAGUAAGUGUGAUGAAUAUAAAUGAAGAAAAUGCCGCUGAAGAACCUAUUCUGGAAGAACAUAUUCAAAAAGAGCAAACUAAAGAGGAGGAGAUGGUCACUGAAAACUGUGAAGCAGAAGCAGUGCUGCCUGAAAACAAGGGAGUUGCAACGAAGAGAGAACCGAGGCGCGCUUCAAGGUGGGAUGUAGGCGCUCCCGAAAAGAAAAAAGUUUUGGAGAAAAAUGAAUCCGAAGAAUCUGAGAGUUCCACAGAAGUAUCUAUUAAUAUACAAUCGGAUGAAGAAACAAACAGCCAAGGAGAACACUCAAAAGGCCUUGGUAUUGAAGCAUCUAGUAGCAACGAAAAUGAAUCUAAAGGCUCCGAAAGAAAGAUAUAUGACAAGGAGAGCAUCAAUAAACAAGAAUCAAAAGGCACUGAAAACGAAUCUAAGAAAAAGGAUUCAAAAUAUUCCUCUAAAAGUGAAUCUAAAAGUAGCGAACGAGAACCUAGAAACUCGUCGGGGGGAGAAUUUAGUAACAUUGGAGAAAAAGGAACUGCGACUGAUUCGAAAACUCUGUGGAAAAAGACAGACAAGGACAAGGAAUCAAAAAGUUCUUGGAAACGAAAAUUUAACACAAAUGAUGAUGAACCCAGGAGUUAUGGAGUGGGUGCAAAAUCUCCUUGGAGAAGAAAGACUCCUGAGAACGAAAUUAAUACCAGCGAGAGACGGAAGGAUCGACAUAGCGGGUCAAAAAAUUCUGAGGAAGUAAGACACAAGAACAUUUUACGAAAGGAAUCUGGUGACUCGGAAAGUAUCGAAACUAAAGUUUCGGAAAGUCAGAUAGAUAAGGACAUAAAGUCCUGUUUUGAUUUUGAUGAAGAAGAUGAGGAAGAUCCUCCAAUCAGUGCUGCGCCAGUUGGCAGAAAGAUUCCAAGGGUGAUACCGGAAAGAAAAAAAUCAGCUACAGUGGAACAUAUCGACGAUACACCUAGCAAGAGCGAUUGUUUGGAUAAUGUCUCGGAGAAACAAGAAAAAUUUGCAGAUGAUAACCUGGAAAAUACUUUCAAGGAACUAAUGGAGACAACAACAGUGCCGGUUCUACCAGAAGUGCAAAACACACUCAAGUGCGAGCAAAAUUUUCACACCAUUAACACCAUAAAAUUUCCCGACAAGGCCACCCCUCAAAAGGAGGAGGUGGCCACUAAAUUGACAAAUCCGAAAAAAAGAUUCGUGAAGUCGUUUGAGGACUUUGAAAUGAUGCAAAAUAAUAUGAAAAGAAAGGAGGAAACAGAGGUUAACGAAAAAAAGCAUCAGAAAGUAGAUACAGUAGAAACCGAAUUUGCUGAGUCAUGCAAAGAAAUAUUGGAUGUGGUUAUGGGAUCGCAGGGAGGAGACCAAAUAGGCCACUCUCCAGAAAAUGUUGCUGUUGUAAAGUCUUCGGAAGAAUUUAUCGAUCACACAAAAAACUCUGGCAAUGUGGAACUUCCAGCGCAAAGAAUCGAAAAGAAAUCUCAACAACCUGCACUAGAGGUCACGGCGCCAUUAAUCUCCAUUGAAACAGAGCAACGGGAAGGUACGACUACCACAGAAGGAGUUGAUCAAAAGUUAGACGUUAUAAAGUCAUCAGAGGAGAAACCGCCGAUAAUUGAAAAAGUGGUACAUCCACAACUGCAACCAGAAAAUAAUAGUGGAUUGAGCGACAAAACAGGUACUAGAGAGUUUCGAGUAGUUAGCCCAAAAUCGAAACUUCUUACACCUAAAAUACAAAGGAAUUUAAAAAAGGCAUCUCCUAUAUCCAUGAAGGAUGUCAUAAGCAACAUGGCCAAAGAAGCUGAACCGGCAGCAGAUCUCGAAGCUAAGGUACAUUUUGCUAAUUUGAAAUCAAAGAUCAUGUCCAAAAUCAUUGAGGAAUCAAAACUGAGUAGUGCAUCCAAAUCAAAAAUUAUGUCAUUAAUGGAAUCAGACAGGAAUUUAGAAACAAAACACGAAACUGAAGUGUCAAAUUCUUCAUAUGGUAACCACAGCCAUCAGAACAAAGCUCAAACUAGCAAUUUAGGAAGCAAAGAUUUAGGUAUAGACACAGCAGAAAAAAAACCCUCGUCUGAAGGAAUGGUACGUACAAAGACAGAAGAUGCGAAAAAGUCACCUGAUGAAGAAAAAAACGCUUUGAAGAAAGCUACGUGGUUAACGAGAGGUAGUCAUCCAAAAAAAGACAAAUGCUUCAUGAAGGAGGCAGUGGUUGAACCCAAGAAAUCUUUGACUCGGGAAGCGUCGACAUUUUUGCUCGAGUCUCCAUCAAUGUCUUCCUCUGCACCACCACCCAGUCACCAUUCUUUAGCAUUGCCAUCCAAAUCAAUCACAGAAGACACUAGCCAAAGUGUAGUUCUAGAGGAAAUUCCCCUUCCCGAAGAAAUAGCUGUAGCGGAUAUACCUCUUCCUCCUGAACCACCUUUGGAUGAACAAGCCGAAAAGCCGCCUUUGAGUAGUACGGAGAAUGUUACACCAGCCAUACUGAUUGAAGGGCAGAUUAGGCCUGAGAGGGUAGAAGAAAUUUCUCAAGUUACUUCGAAACCCUUGACAGUGAACGUGGAAAGUGUAUAUAAUACCUUUACCUCGCAAUCAUUUAAGUCAGAGCAACCAUCUACAAGUCAUGGUACUGAGAAAGUGUCAGAAGUUACACUACCUGUUGCGCUGGGCAAGAGCGAAAAUGUUAAAGAAUUGAUCUCUGAAGGCACACUGAAAACUUUGAAUAUAAAUAUGGACAACCCAGAAAGUACUGUUACCUCACAAUCAUUUUGGUCAGAGCAGCAGUCUACAAGUCGUAUGCCUGAAAAACUCACAGAAGUUGUGCCACCUGUUGAGCUGGACAAGAGCAAAAAGGUCAAAGGGAUAGUUUCUGAAGACACACUGAUACCUUUGGCUAUGAGCGUGGACAACUCGGACAGUAUCUUCACCUCACGAACAUUUAGGCCAGAGCAUCCGUCUAUAAACCAUUGUACUGAACAACUCACAGAAGUUGAAUCACCUGUUGAGCUGGACAAGAACAAAAAGGUCGAAGAGACGGUUUCCGAAGACACACUGAAACCUUUAAGUAUAAACGUGGACAACUCAGAUAAUAUCUUCACCUCACAAUCAUUUCUAUCAUCUACCAUAGACUUUUCUCCUAUAGGAAUGGCAUCUGCAUCUCUACCAGAGAAUGCCAUUUGUCUGCCCCCCAAGAAAAGCAAAAAAAGGAAACAACCCCCUGUGGACGAUGAAGCUGACUUAGAGCCCUGUAAAAAGAGCGUUACAGAUUCUCAUCCCUUGAUAGACGAUGGGAUUGAUUGGAACACUAUGAAGAAAGCAGAAUCAGUUCGAAAAGCACCUAGUGACGAGGAAGCAUGCACAAAACUUGUCUCUGACACUGGAAUGGUGUACACCCAGUCUUGUGAGGCUGAAGUAAAUGGACCUACUAAAGAAAAGGAGGACGAUAAUGUGCACUUUCAUGUGGAAAGUAGUUACAACCGGAAUGUUUCGGAAAAAGUCACCACAGACCUUCAUUCUUUCACGGGUGAGAUAUUUGCUGAACACUCGAAGAGUGGGAAGAACGAGGAGCAAGGUCGAUCGGACCAAGGACAUACUCCGACAACAAACCAAAUUCUUCAAAGUCAGCAAACGUUUCAAGAAACAAGAAAAGAUCAGUCAUCUAUAUUGGUAGAUGAGACAGAAGAUAAAUCAGUUGUUGAGAUAGAAAAUCAAGUGCGCGAAAUUGAUACAGCAACAAGCAAUGAAGAAGAAAACGCGAAAAAACUUUCAGAAAAAACCGUCGAUGAUGAUACGUCGAAUUCGAUGUUGGUAGGUGAAAACAAUGAGAUAAAGCAGGCAUUUGAAUACAAUGAAGAGGAAGAUAGUAUUGGUGUUAAGGAGCCAGUACUUCCUUCAGAUAGAAAGGGUGAGCAACAAUACGUUUCGGACAUGGAAAAUGUACCAAUUGUUGUUGAAAAACUGAUCGAAGAGAGUACAGUUGAAACAGUCUCUGAAGAACAAGAUUUACAGUUAAUUCUCAUGAAAGGAGUUGGGGCUGUAGAAGGACCUGUUGUUCAGGAUGAUAUAGAAGCAGCUGUUGUAACAGACGCAACAGAAUUGGUAAUGGAAGAGACGAAAAAAAGUCAAAGUAUAAUAUUACCAAUGGAAGAAACUGUGCAUCUCGGAAAGCAUAAGCCGGGGCUUCGAGAAUUAACGCAGGUUCCCUUAGAAUCCAGUCAUAUCGAUCAUACAAACCUUCAGUCCGUCAAUCAGAAAUCACUGAUGAAUAUAAGCGACAAAGAAAAUGUUGCCGAAGAGCAUACGAAUGAGGUUGAGAUUCAGUGUACUAGUAAUUCCAACGAUGGUAUAAAAUUCUCAAUUCAAACCAACCUGAGCAAUUUUUCCAGUCAACAAGAAAUAUCCGCCGAGGCACUGGCUUCCUUGGCGGAAAUGAAAUCUGACAUAGAAAAUAGCGACAGUAAUAUUUCUCCAGAGGCACCAAUUUCUAAAUACAAUGAUAGCAAUGGUAGUGACCUUAAUGUAAUGACAAGUAUAGACAAUGAUUUAGUUGGUCCCUCAACUUGUAGCAGUGAUGUUGGACUCAAGAAAAUACAUGAGCUUCCGGAAAUGAUUCACGUUGAAGGAAAUUUGACAGUCGUAUCAGAAAAAGAUUUGGCUGAUGGGCAAGUGGAAAUAACUACGGAUCAAGUUAUCAGCACUAAAAAACCGUCAAUACUGUCUAAUUUCUCUAUGGAUUUUUCGGAUUCAACGAAUGAUAGUUGCAUUACAAAUGUGCCCCAUGAAUACGACUCGAAGGGUACAGAGUUCACAUCGAAUGCAAUAACCAAGGAAACUAAACCAAAGUGCACUAAGCUCUCUAACACAUAUGGCAGAUUAGAACUUUUAGAUAUACUGGAGGGAGAUUCUGACAAUGAAAGGAAGAGGCAGCCAAAACCUUCUGUGAUUAACGACGAUAUGUGCGAUUUUGAAGAUCAUAUACCAUCUCAAAUUGUCUGUGCCAAAAUGUUGACAUCUGAUUUGCUGAAAAAUGAUGCUCCCAAGACAUCCAUUUCUGCUACUACUCAUAAGCUGCUGGAAAGGUUAUCUGAGACAAAAAAUAAACCCGCAGCAAAAGCUGACCUAAGAAAAUCAGCUUCUAUUUUGAGUAAGACUAAGAUAAAGUCAAGCGUAGUGUCAGAACAGGUCGCUAAAACGUCGGUUAAGCCUAAUGCAACAGAUCUUGAUGACAUUGAAGAUGUAAAAGCUUUUGUCAUCCACAAAGACUUGAAGAAAUUACAAGCUGAAGAAACUGUAAUUGAAGAUGUGCCAGAAAAAACAGCAACAGGAAAAUCAGCUGGUAAAGCAGCUGGUAAGAAGAGCACGCCAACGAAAUCGACCAAAGCAAAAGCAGCGGCCGGCAAAGCCAAAAUACUGCAACAAACCAUAAUCACCCCAGCUGGAGAAAUCAUACAGCCAAAUGUAACGGUACAACAGGACAUGAAAAUGACAAUCGCAAAGCAGUCCCCUCAACCGAUUCUUCCGACUCAAGCUAAGCCAGCAGUGUCAUCAGUUGUAAAACAAGCUACAGUGGUAGCAACUCAAGCAGAGGAAAAUGUGUUUGACAUAAACUCUAUGCCGAUAGUGCUGUCAGAUGAACUAUUGACGCCCGAAAGUAUAGAGAAGAUGCCUAUUAUUAUAAGUUCGGAAUCUACUCAGACCUCUGAAACAACACCCCAAGAAAAAGUUGUCGUAUCCGCAGCCGGCAGUACUCGACCAAUCGUGAAGAAGAUCAUAGGUAAAAUGGCCACAGCAACUACCCCAUCGCUUAUCAGUCAGUCUCCUAAGACGACUGUUAAGACGGCCGUGAAGCCUAGAAUCUUAUCAGAAAGACAAUUCCUGUACAUGGGUCAGUUGCAUGUUGGAAUGUGUGACAUUACAAAAACAAAACAAAAAAUUUAAAAAAGUCAAGAAAAAUCUAUAUCAAAAAGGCAGUUCUUCAAAAGUGUUGAAGCAAGUAAACCCAACAAUGGCGGGCUUGCCUAAACCUGGCAAGUAUAUAAUUGUCCCCCAAAACCCUGCAGUUACUGCAGCCUCCAAAGUCAUUACAAAAAAGUCACCGCUAAAAAAGACUACCAACCCACUUCCUACCGCAUUGGCUGCUGAAACCACCGGUAACAAGAUAAUGAUAGUCACCAAUCAGCAAGGUCAACAACAACGGCUGCUGUUGACGCCUGCCCAACAAAGACUGUUGGGAUGCCAAACAUCAGGAGCUAAGCUGACCAAGACUUUUGUCAAGGGGAACGUGCUGCAAAAGUGCGUUUCGGCAUCAACCGAGGCUACAGCACCAUGUACCAGUGGAAUAAUAAAAAGUCAACCAGCUAUGGUCAGUAUUCCGAAGAGUACAAACGUAACAAGUACCAUUUCUAGCAUGGCAGCUACUAUACAAAAAGUGGGUAUAGUAACUCAACCUGAAUCAAAGGGAGGCCCAAAGCGAGUACAGUUGAUCAAUCAGAAAUUACACAGUUCAAUCGCCAGGUCACCAAAGACUAUGUUUUUAAAGACGCCUCACAGCCAGACUGCUAGAAAGAAUCAAGGUACUGAUGAGGAGCUGGACAAACAAGUAGCCGAACAACUGGAGGCGAUUCGAGCUAGCAGCGGAAAAUUCACCACCAAACAGCAAUUACCUAAAACGUCCGAGACGAAAGCGUCUUCACAGAAACCUUCCAAGCGGUUGAACGCCAGAAAAUCUGAAACAAAGGCGAAACUGCCGGUUUCUCAAAUAAACAAGGUCGAUUCCUGCGUAGCUCCAUCUCCAGUCGUGUCGACGGCGAAAAGCGAGAUAGGAACUGCAACCAUAAGCCGAACCAAAGAAGAGAGUCAGCCAUGCAGGCCGCUAAAUCAAUUAGUAAUUCAGGAUGCCAUGGGUAAUCAGACGACUAUUACAGAGGGUCAGAUCCUAGCGCUGCCGAGCGAAACUGUUGACGGCCAGCCGCAAUCAUACAUGUUAGUCACCUUGGACGAGUCGGGAAAUUUGACGCCGCUAAAUAAUGAGGCUCUGAUGUCUUUGGAUCCAAACCUGGGCUUGGCGGGAGAUCUUAGCAACAUGGUACUGCAAAUAGACCAGGGAGGAUUGCAAACGUGCGGAGGAUCCAUUAUUGAACAGAAGUUGCCGAUAACGCAACAAGCUGCUGUAAAAAGUCAACAACGGGUUGACGAAAAACCUGAACAACCAUCGGUUCUUGACACAGAACGAAUGCCAAAUUUAGAAGCAAGAACAGAAGUAAUUGAACCUACCAGCGGACAGAAAGCUUCAAUAACUGGACCCACGUUUGAAGCUAUCACCACCACCCCGGCUACUGAACCGCCUAAUCAACAGUUGAUUCUCACCGGCGAUCCCAUUGCUACACAGAAGUUCUUGGAAUCACUAUCCGAAGGCACCACCGAUUUGGCAAACAUACUGGCAAAUGCAGACAGCAACAGUAUUUUGAUCCAAGCGGACGGUCAGCAGAUCCUGAUCAACACAAACUCCGACAACCAGAUGUUAUUUGGCUUAGGGGAUAGCGCAGAAGAAGGAGGAAACCCAAUCUUUGCUUCUCAACCGGUUAAGAAUCAGGACAUUUUGGCUGCCGCUCUAGCUGACACUGACAUGUUCCAGUCGGAGCAGCGCACGCAAGGGAAGAUUAUUUCUCAGCUGAGCCCAAACAAUGCCCCUUAUCCAGUGACCGUCGGGAACGUUCUUGAAACAAGCCUUACUUUGGGUUCGCCGAUCAUGACACCACUCGAGGUUCCCAGCACGAACAAUAAGAAGAUUACGGAUGAUGAAGCUGAGAUUCUGACUCAGUUGCCAAAAAACGUUGAUCUACCAAUCACUGUGACCGAUCCUAACAUUUCACAAACAGUUGCGAAUCAACAGGUGGCGUCGCUAAUAGCCAACGAGUUGCAAAGCAACUUAGAACUAGGUCUGCCGAUCUCAGAAGCUUCUAUUGCAACAGUUUCUAAUGAUAUAAACAGCCCAUCGUACUCAUAUUCAUUACCUAGUUUAGAAGAAUCUGUGGAAAUUACGACGCACAAGUCAUUCAAUAGCAGCAUGCCCUUGUUAAACGAGGACGUUGAGAAUUCUGCGGACCAGCAAAAGGAUAAGGACGAUGCACAGGUGGAAGACAAAGCUGAAGUGAAGCCAGAUGACUCCGAAUCCAUAGACAGCAAAAAGCAAGAGGACAGUCUGAAUUCGGAUGGUCCAUUUUUCGAAGACGAAGGCCGUUUCACGCUGGGUGGAGAAAUGUGCAGCUCUUUGAGUGAACCUCCUCCGGAGAUGUUUGAUAUUCCCGAAGUAAAUACCAGCUUCAGCAGACGACUGAGAAACAAUGAUAGAAAGCACAUCCAUCAAAAAAAAGUUCCUAUAAAUAUGGGUCCAAAGAUGCUCGCCUACCGAGAUACAGAGCUUCCCGGCCCAAACUAAACCAAGGACUUUGAAAUUGGGUACCUGGACCCCUAAUAGAAAAUAUUUUCUACGCCUCUGGCCUUUCCGGAGAAAAUAGGUGCAGUUUAAAGAAUUCCAAAGAUGGCGAUUUAAUGGAAAUGCCACUAGCUGAAAACUCCAAUGAUGGUUCCUGCGAGAUUCCCCUCCAGCCGAAGAUCGUAGCUAAGUCGGCGGAGUUGACUUCACAUUUCGAGUCGGUAAAGAAAAAUACCGAAGACAGUGAUAAGAUCAAGGGGAAAAAGGACGAAUACACUUGAAGGUUUCGCGUUUAAGAAUAG